AUGGCGCAGUUUGUGGGAACAGUCAUUGGAACAAAAAUGGACAAAACAGCCAAGGUUUUAGUCACAAGGAUGGUCCUAUACCGAAAAUUAAGAAAGGUCAGAAUUCUAUCUAAGUCUUAAGAAGAAAGAGCUUUAUUUAAAAUUACCAACGACAGCAGAAAACAGCACUUCAGAAAGUGUUUUCCCCUAGGCAGCUGUGUCCUUAUGUUCAUUGUUGCCUGUUUAAAUCAUUUACACACGAUUCAUUCAUCUCCCCAACAAGUUUAGGUUCUUCUAUCCCUUGAUAUCACGAUUUAAAAGUUUUUAUCAGUCUAGCGUGGGUGUCAGACUAUGAGAAUUGUUUUACUAAUUGUUACCUCGUAAGCUUAAAGUUCGUCAAACAAGUUCUACAUUAAGCUUGAGCUUAUUAUAUUGCUUUCUUCUGAAUUUCAGUACUUCAAUGAAAGAAAAGUUUAUUUUGCCCAUGAUGAAAAUAAUGACUGCACCAGAGGGGAUCUUGUUGUCAUCAAAGAAUGUCGUAAGCUUAGCAAGAAAAAAGCAUUUACAGUGGCAGAGAUAGUAGACAAAGCUCCAAAGGUUGUUGACCCUGAAACAGGACAGAUUCACAUACAGGAUAACAGAGAAUAA